AUGCAGCGAAAAGUUCCGUUGCUGCCGCUCCUGCUACUAUUGCUACUGCAGCAGCGAAAUGUUGUUGCUCAUCCAAAGCCAGGCAAUUUUGCCGAUGCAGCGGAAACGAUCGAUGUGCCACCGGAACACCGUGCACCACCACCGGGUGCUGCUGCUGCUGCACCGCCAGCGGGUGCUCCACAACCGGGUUUCGCAGUACGUCCACCCUUUGUGGCAGCUGCUGCACCGCUACCGCCCCGCGGCGUCUUCCCUUCUGUCGUCUUUCGACCGGCGUUUGCCCCAUUCGCCAGCAGCUUAAAUGGGCUCACGGUUCAGCAUUUAGCCGCAUAUCCACCACGUCUAAUUGCUCCGACUGUUGCACAGCAAGCUGCGUAA